AUGAUUUUUAAUAUUCGCGAAGAACACUCGGGCGAUGAAUCGGCCAUACGAGAGGUCACGGGCGACGCCUUCAAACACGCGCAGUACAGUAGCGGAACCGAAGCAGCAAUCAUCCAGGAGCUUCGUGAAAGCGCUGCGCUCGAACUUUCCCUAGUAGCGACAUUGGACGGUGUUAUCAAGGGCCAUGUCGCGUUCUCGCGCAUCGCCAUAGACGGCCACGAUGCAGGCUGGUAUGGCCUUGGGCCCCUAUCAGUGCAGCCAAUACUUCACCGCCAAGGGAUAGGCAAAUCUCUCGUCGAAGAGGGUUUACGACGGUUAUGCAGCUUGGGCGCAGCUGGCUGCGUUGUUCUGGGGGAUCCAGCUUUCUACGAGCGGUUCGGCUUCCGAAACCAUGAAGAGCUUCACCUCGCUGGGGUACCCGCUACUCACUUCAUGGCUCUCUCGCUGGGCGACAAAAUGAUCCCUCACGGCACCGUCGUAUAUCACGAGGCAUUCUCCACCAACUGA